AUGGGAAAGAAGAAAGUAACCAAAAGCACAAAAGCAGAACAAAAGAAAGACAAUUGCAAAAUACGAUCGUGUCUCACGCAGAUCUCCUGUUGUUCCAUAGAGAGCUUCUGCGCGAAAGAAAGAGCGGGUAAAAAGGCCACUGAAAAAGGACCUCGCGAAGUGUCCGAAAAGGUGAACAACGCAACGGCGAGGGUACAGACGAAAAAACCGCCGACGGUGCCGAACGUGUGCGUACAGUGGCCCGAGGCUGCGGCACUUAGAGGAGUUGCCAUACAACGUGGCCGAGUAGGAGCAGCGAGGGCGACUUUCCCAACCAGCGCAGCCGCCUUGGCACUGGCCAGGAAUCCGGGGCAACUUGCAGCUGCAGCUGCGGCUACGGCCCUACAUCCCUUUGCACCCGCCGUUUACUACGACCCCUUCCUCGCGGCUCACGCAGCGACGCAGGAUCCCAACUACAGGUUGCAGCUGGAAUGGCCUCAAGCAACAGCUGACGUUAGUUGACACACAUUUUGCCAGGCUUGCACACACGAGAGAACGCCAAAAGAGAGAAACCGAUAACAAUUACACCAUCCCUAUCUCGCGUUCUACAUUGUCCCGACCAUUCGCCAUUCUCAUUGUAUCUCAUUUUUCGCCAAUCUGUUUCGUUCUCUUUUCCUC